AUGAAAGCAGCUCAGAGUCAGCAAAAGAGUUAUGCAGAUAAUCGACAUUGCCAAUUAGAGUUUGAGAUUGGAGAAAAUGUGUUCCUGAGGAUUUUACCGAUGAAAGGAAUUAUGAGAUUUGGAAAGAAGGGCAAGUUGAGCCCUAGGUAUAUCGGAUCAUUCGAGAUUCUUGAUCAAAUUGGACCAAUGGCUUAUAGACUGGCAUUACCACUGAUACUUUCGGGGGUGCAUAAUGUAUUUCACCUUUCUAUGUUGAGGAAGUACAUCAUUGACCCCAUUCACAUUAUUGAUUAUGAACCACUUCAGAUCAAGGAGAAUAUAACCUAUACCAAGGAACUAGUGCGAUUUUAG